CUCUCAUUUGAGACUUAGGCUUAAUCCCAAAGGCAGUGAGAAGAUGUGGUCUGCUUUGGUGAUCCCCACUUUUCUAUUCCUUAGCUGCUUUUCUGUGGGAUCAGCCCAAAUUCCAGGGUCAGUCACAGAUGGAAAUGACAGAUACCCUCCUUUUUGGGACCAGAUUAAUGGGGACAUAGCAGAAUUUCCAGUACAGGAUAAUAAAAUAAUCAUUGAUCUCUGGAAGUAUAAGGAUCGACUGCAAAUAUAUAAAAUCCUUAUAAGAGAAUCAAACAAAUAUUUUGUUCAAUUUGGAAAAAAUGAUACAGGCAACGUGCUGUGGGGACUCACCUUAUUUUAUGGAAAGCUAUAUAAAACAGGUCGAUUUGUCAAGCCUUCUAAUAGUUCAGUCUGUGCAUAUGAGGGUGAAUUCCCUGGCUGUAUAUCAAUUGACAGUGGCUGGGGAGGCUUUAAUUUCUAUGUGCUUACGAUAUAUUUUCUUGCUGCAAUUGAAUCUGGGUUUUUGAGAAAUAUAUCACAGGAGAUAGUGUUUCUAUCUCCAGAAGAACACAGGUCUUACUUCUGUUAUUCUAUUGAGGAAUGUCAUGCAUCCUUCCCACAAGCUAUGGAUACAGCCAAAAAGUUUUACCAGUAUUUGCAGUCCAGGAAGAUAUUGUCCAUUGUUGGAGGUACUCCUGUGUACAACACUGAUAAAGACACAGCAAUACUUUACAUGUGGGAUGCCCAUCAAGCCCUCAUUGACAUUGGAAAACCAAUGUUCAAUGACAUAUUCCAAUAUUCUUCUGCAACUGAAAGAGACUUCACUUUCAAUUUUCUACUUGCCAUAGAAUUUUGUGCAGCAGCAAUAUAUCACUCUUUCUUUGAAAGUUCAGCAGAAUUUCUAGUGGGUUUCCCACAUAGGCCACUCACAGAUGAAGAUGAUCCAAUUCUCACAAGUGACUUCAACAUACGAGAAAAAGCACUGAUGUCCUCAGUUACACUCAUUUCUAACAUAAAUCAAAUGACAGGAGGUUCAUUUUUAACAGUUUGGAAGAAGGCCAUGAAUGUUUCAAAAAUAACUCAGUUUCUUGGACGACUCGUUAUUAAAAAUCUACUCUUAAUACCUAAUACUUAGUGGCUGGAACAUGUUUCAUUAUGUUGGUCAAUUCAAUUCAUAAUAAAAAGCAAUAAAUUGUUAAAUCAA